AUGUGGAAGACACUCGAGGACUUGACGUCCCCUACCAUGGGAUUUAUUCCAAUUAUUGAUAGUUUCCUCAGAUUCCAUAGAGGAAUAAUAUUGAAGGUCAGCAUCAAUAUUUUUAGUCUAAUAGUGUGUCCUGAUGUUGAUCGUUUUAUUUUUUCCCUCAACACUGAUCAUCUUCAACAAUUUGUUGAUUGUUCAACAUUGAGGCAUUUGUAUCUCAAGGAAUGUAAAAUACAGCUUCCAUGUUUCUUUAAGGGAUUUAAUCAGUUAAUUAGGCUAAUAUUGAAAUCUGUCACGUUAUCUUCUGAUACGUUUGAAAGUUUGAUCUCUAAUAGCCCGUUGCUUGAGGAUUUGGUGCUAAAAGACAUAGAAAAUCCGUAUUUCGUCAGUAUUAAUGCUCCGAAGCUAAGGUCAUUUGUCUUUCGUGGCGAUAUACAAUUGAUACAUCAUAAAAAUGUCCCUGUUCUUUCCAAUGUUCUGUAUGCGCCUGGAGAAUUAGUUCUAGAGGACCAAGAUGAUUUUGUCAAUAUUUUUUCGUCUAUUCCACCUCUCGAGUGUUUCAGCUGGGAUCUUUUAGAGGUCGAUAAUGGAUCAACUAAAGUUAUACGAACAAGGCUUCCAUUAGUUCUUAACUUUCUGAAACGCCUAUUCAUGUCUUGGAUUACUCUUGAAGAUUUUUUUGAGCUUUCGUUUGCUCUUUGCAUAAUACGGAGCUCUCAAAAUUUGGAAGAAAUUGAAAUUAAUCUCACUAAUGAAUGUAUCCUUAGUGAUGUAGAUUAUUUCGGAUGUGUGCCGAAGGAGGUUGUUGAUGAGAUUCAUGCAAUCUUUUCGGAUAUCACAUUUAAUCAUCAGAGGACUGUUAUGUUUUAUGAUGUACUAUUAGAAGAGGUUGAAAUGCAGCUUGUCAAGGUUUUAUUGGCAAAUUCUCCAGCACUGGUGAAAAUUGUAAUCAAGCCUCGUCAAAUGGAAACUAACAAAUCUCUUAACGUACUCGCGGAGAUAACAAAGUUUCAACGGGCAUCAUCUAAAGUAGAAGUCGUGUACCUUGUUGAUUAG